AUGAACGGUGUGGAUGCCGUAUUCAUCACGCUUGGAGAAGUUUUACGGAUAACUAUGGGACAAUGCGUCGAGAACGGAACACUUCUAGGCCGAAUAUGGCAAUAUGUUUUCGAAAAUCUCUGCUACCGGGUGAGACAAGUGGCAACAGACAUUUACCGUUCUCAACAUCUGUGUAACCUCACGUCAGGCCUUCCCACCAUGACAUACGCACUCACCGGUUCGGACGGUCCCGAGUCACCUGACACCUUGCUAUUAGGCAUUAUUUCGUCACAGAUUGGAGGCUGA